ACACGAAGAAGACACUUCUGACGUCAUUACAAGGGCGCCAAAUCUGCUGCAUACAGAAACACAAACACGAAGCAGUCAGUGCCAGAUUUCUCGUUCAGGUUUUCAGAAGUUUUAGUGUUAAGACUAUCUGUUGUCUCUCUUUCGCUUGCUGUCAUGGACCUGAGCAGCUUUGAAUCAAACAACUCGGUCAGCUGCAGACUGGCCUCUCAGAUCCCUGAUGUGUGCCGAACUGAGGACUGCUGUCUGGGCAUCGACGAGGCGGGGAGGGGUCCUGUUCUGGGUAUGUGACUGAAGUGAUUCAUGUGGAGUUUCAGUCCGGUCCAGUUAUCCAUAACACUCAUCAUGGCUGCUAUAUGUGUUUGAUUUACACCCAAACCUCCUGUUGUUGAUGCAGGGCCGAUGGUGUAUGGCAUAUGCUUCUGUCCAGUUUCCAAAAAAGAGGAGCUGAAGAACUCGAAAGUAGCAGGUAAGAUGUUUAUCAGGUCGACUUUAGAUCAUCUCCACUGUUGUUUUCCCAAAGGUUACAAGAAAACUUGAGCCUUUUCAUUGUGCUUUACCACGGUUUGAUGCCAUCCACUUUUCCUCUGCAUUAUAAACAGUAAAGAUAAACCCAUACAUAGGGCUGGGCAACAUGGAAAAAAGUUUAUCACUAUAUAUUUAUAUAUAUAUAUUUUCAUAUCAGUCGAUAUAUAUCAAGAUAUAAAAAAUGAAAUUUAACAGUGCUUAUUGGUAGCAUGUCUUUUGCAAUACAGUAAGUUACUGCAUCUGUGAGGUCCCUGUGUCUCUUCGACAUUUUGUCAUACGGCGUUGCGCUAGAGAAAGCGAAUUGAAUGGUCGGCUGUUUCGGCUGCACAGGCGCCAUGGGCUCGUCGCUCUGCUUGGGGUUUGUAACCUUUUGCAUUGCGCAUGCUCUGCUGCGUGGCACUGCUUCGGGUGGUGAAAGAGAUUAGAGGUAUUCCCCGACUUUGCAGGAACAUGUACUCGACUGCACACUACUCUGCUUCAUGUCUGACCUCAAAAAUCCUAAAUACCUCCACAUCAGCGAUGUUUCGUGUCAGUGUUGUCGAUGUUGUCAUCAUCUGUGGAGCGUUCAUCUGCAGUUCUGUUGGGGGUAGCACUCAUUUUCUUUUUUUAUCACCAGCAGUGCUGUCGGCUUCAUGUGUUAAAGUGUUAUGGUUGCGUGUAGCUGCAGCCUGCUACUACACAGGUGUCUGCUACUUGGUUCUAAUUCAGCACAUGAUUGGUUCAGCGCGAAGCAGACCUGGAGCAACUCCCCUUUUCAUUGGCUAUUUGUGUAGUCUACCAAAACAUGGCGGAAUACCAACUAUUGAAAAUGAUAUUGACCCUGUUUUAUAUUGAUAUUGAGGGAAAUUGAUUUUCAAUAUAUAUCAUUAUCGUUUUAUCACCCAGCCCUACUCUUACACAUUUUAAAUGAUGUUUGAACUCUCCAAUCAGAUUCAAAGACUUUAACAGAGGAUGAAAGAGAGAAUCUCUUUGAGAAGCUAGACGAAGCCAAAAGUUAUGUUGGCUGGGCUCUGCAGAUUCUCUCACCAAACACUAUCUCCACCAGCAUGUUACAGAGGUAUGUGGAUCUCCCUGUGUUUUAUACAGUAAAUGAACAUUAAUGGUUGGUGUUUUUUAAUUUUUACAUUUUGAUUAAAUUGUUUGUUUUUUAGGACAAAAUACAACCUAAAUGCCCUGUCACAUGAUACCGCCAUCGGUCUUGUACAGUAUGCCUUGGACAGUGGAGUACAGCUCACAGAGGUAUGUUGAUGAGUUGUUUAAAUGAGGAUAAAAGCAACAGCAGUGUUGUAAAUACACUUAUGGCCUUCUGCAGGUAUUUGUGGACACAGUCGGCCCAGCAGAGAAGUAUGAGGAGAAACUCUCAAAGCUGUUCCCAGGUAUCCAGGUGACAGUGAGGCCAAAGGCUGACUCACUCUUUCCGAUCGUCAGUGCAGCCAGUAUCUGUGCCAAGGUAAGAGACUAACGGUAAUUGAAUUUAACAAGAUUAGUCAACCUUAAAUUAAUUGUUUUGUUUUGUUCUUACGAGGUAACAUCACUCUCUUAGUGAAACUUGUCCAUUAAUUCAGGAUAAACAGUAUUCAGCCUAUUCAUGUGUAGGCUUUGGGAAACAAUUGUAGAGAGCCAUGUUUGACUGCAGAUAUAUCUGCAUUGUGUCUCUGUUUAAAUUGUGUGUGUCCUCAGUCUGAGAUGUAGUCCUGCUAUUGUUUUUUUUUUAACCCUUUGUCACUGGUGAUUUCAGAACCGACAAACUUAAAGGGAUAUUCCAGCAUAAAAUUAAUUUGGGGUCAAACACACCGUAACACCGAGUUAGACACCCCCUCGAGAGAUGAAUGUUGCCGACACAACUCACCUACUCUCUUCCAGCAGCCGCUUGUUUGUGGCGAGACCUCAGGCCAGUCCAUUACGGACUGCUGCGGGGUGACGUAGCUCAAGGAAGAACAUUUAUGAUGAAGUUAGGUGCUGUUCUGAGCAUUAUUUGUGGCUAUAGAGUGGCUUUUUGGUUGAGGUUUGUUUAUGGCUCUUCAGACCGCUGUGUAUUGCUAUCAUGUGGUCGUUACUAAAGUUGGUAUAACUAGUGAAGCAAGCGGUUGGCAACAUUUAUCCCUCAAGGGGGUGUCUAACUCAAUGUUACGGUGUGUUUUACCCUGAAUUAAUUUUAAGCCAGAAUAUCCCUUUAACUUCAUUUUGAAUCAAUCAAUAUUUUUUCCAUGGCUUUUCACUGACUUUCAGGUGGCCAGGGAUCGUGUGGUAAAGGGCUGGAGCUUUGCUGAGGAUCUGGGGGAGGUGGAUACAGACUAUGGGUCAGGAUACCCAAACGGUAAAACCAAAGAUCCUUAGCUUUAUGAGGAUCCUGGCUUGCAUGUAGUAACUGAUACUUAUCUGUUCUUUCUUCUGUUUUUUUUCAGACCCAAAGACUAAAGCAUGGCUGUUAAAGUACUUGGACCCUGUGUUUGGCUACCCUCAGUUUGUGAGAUUCAGCUGGAGCACCGCUCAAACCCUGAUGGACAGCAAAGGAGUGACUGUCCACUGGUAAGGAGCAGCCAGACACUGUAAAAACAGAGCUGUAUUUGAGGAGAAAGAGCAGCAGCACCAGGAUUUAUAGUAUCACACCAUGAAAAAAUCUCUUUUCUGCUCUUAAUUAGCAAGUAUUUGGCAGAUGGUGAGAAUUUCCUCGAAGCUGUAACAUACUUCCCCAGCUUGUCAAGACGGAUCAAAAACAAUCGUUACUGAUUUGCUGUAUUUCAGCUCAGUUUGUUGGAACAGUUUGAGUGUUGCAUGUUUUGAAACCACCCUCUAAAUUUACAGUUCAUGCUUAAUGUCUGUGAAAAUCAUUUGACUUUUUAGAGACCAGUGCCAACCACAGACUAAAGAUCAGUCUGGUUUUCUUAUCUCCUCAGGGAUGAUGAUGAUGAAGACAGAGAGAAGGCAGCACAGCGGCUGAACAAAAAGUCCAUGUUGUCCUACUUCGGUGCAUCAUCUGGUAGUAAAGCCCAAAACCCGACCCAUGAAACACACCGCUUCUUUACUGAGCGGAGGCUAAAGAACCUCAACACCCUCUGAGAACAAUGUAGACGUGGACAUUAAUAUUAACAGGGAACCACACAUUGGACUUGAUUAUAACAUUAAAGAUUCAUAUUUUCAUAGCCAGUGGCUUAAAGUGAAGAUUUAUAUUCAUUUGCCUUUUUUUUACUAGUUUUAAACAAAUAUAAGAUUUAAACCUCAUGUUUACUUUCUAAGAGUCUUUGUUUUAGACACCCAUCAACAACAGGAGGUAUGUCUACAGAAGAAGCAAACAGGCUCUAUUAAAGAGUGUCACAAUCUUUAAUGCCAAUACUGACACCUAGUGGCUGUACAACAAAAUACACCAGGGGUUUGAAGUCAGAUCUAAGAUCACGUGAACCGUUAUUGACACCAAAAUGGGCGCGUUAGACACUGACACAGACAAAGUCAAAAUUUCCACAACAAUAUGGAAAACUGCUGAGCACAAUAUAUACCACAAAUAAGAUCUAUGAAAGUGUCUGUCACAUUGUUAAUGUCAGUAUACAAGGUCUGUAUUGAUAAAUCCAAAUAAACAUUACAGUAAUCACAGAAUAUUUCCAGAAAAAUAAU